AUGGCUCGUAUCAAGAUGAACGCACGUGUAUACGCUCCUGCCCUUCCAAAGUCCGUUCCUAGGACCAGACCACGUUGUACCGCGCUCACAAGAACAACAGGCCCUUGCCCUUUUGCUCUCGCCUCUCGAAUGUCCGUACAAAGAACUAGAACCCCGAGACAGGUUAAGAAGGCUCAUAGAUACAAACCAGGCACAGUUGCUCUUCGUGAGAUUCGAAAGUACCAAAAGACAACCGAUUUAUUGAUCAAGAAACUACCAUUCCAAAGGUUGGUUCGCGAAAUUGCUCAGGAUUUGAAGACUGAUGUGUGCUUCCAAAGUCAUGCUGUUUUUGCCCUUCAAGAAGCAUCUGAGGCUUACUUAGCAGGCUUGUUUAAGACACUAAUCUUUGUGCUAUUCACGCGAAGCGCGUUACUAUCAUGCCUAAAGACAUUCAGCUUGCAUUGA